AUGUCGGAUAAUAUAUUAUUUGAGUACGAACGUUGCAUUUCUGAAUGCUCGUACAUUAAUGCGAGUGCGCAACUUAAUUAUAACAGCUCCGAUGAGCCUAUCAAUUUUGAGCUUCAACUCAAGCUCGCUAUUUCGAAUGCUAAAAGUGAACGCGAAAGUCUAAAUGUCAACCUUGCACGCGAAUACAUUCCUUUGCAAGACAAUAAUCUGAAUCAUGUUCUGACGCAAAACGCAGCUUUUUUUAACUGCCCAUAUCUUCGCUCUUAUUAUUAUGAUAUUGAUCAAAAUUCAAAUUCCUUAUAA